AGAUAUUUUCAAAAAAAUUAAUAAAUAAAUAAAAAUGCCUAGACAAUCAGGACCCGGGCCGGCUGCUUAUACACUGCCCAGCACAUUUGGGUUUGAGAAAUGCGAUGCCCGAUUGCGUCGGGGACCACAGUAUUCUUUUGGAAGUAAACCGGCUAUGCCGGCUUUUAAGAAAUAUGGUCCAGGACCGGCUGAUUAUCAAAUUGGGCAGAUCACUCGAUUUGGCAAUGCGAAAGGACUUGAAUUUUCAAUGCUAAGACGAGGACAACUCAACAAGCCCAACUCUGUGCGUUAUGAUUGAAAGAAAUUAAAAGAGAUGUAAUGAAAUGUAUGAAGGGGAAACAAUGGUCUUGUAAAAGUCAGAACAUAUAUAUAGUUAUGCAUAAUAAAUGGUUACUAUAAUUAGAUAUGAA